AAAUCUUUAGAAAUAUAUCCCUAAACCUGCACCCCUACCCCGAGCGUUACUCCAUUUCCCGUCUUCUCCACGAAGUCGUCGAUCGCCGUUACUGAUUCGUCUCUCACCGACAUUCAAGUCUUCUCCUAUACUUUGGCUUCACGAUUAGUUCUUCGACCUUCGUUAUCUUUUCCUCUCGACCUUCGCCGUCAUCGUAACGGACCAGGUCGUCGUCUUGACGGUCUUCUUCUUCUACAGUUUCACGGGGUCUUUAUUAAUAGUGCCAAAAGUUCUAAAACAGUCCAUGUUGCAAUUAAUAAGGGCUAGCCGCUAGGCCGAGAGGUUUCACGGGCAGCAAUCAAAAUCAAAACUCAGAGGGGAGUAUAUCUCUCUCAGGAAGAAGGAGAAAGGCAUGGAUUCUGACCUGAAUUACAAGGGCGAAAGUGAAGAAAAAACUUCAGAAAAAGAUACGCAGGCAAGCAAGGUUUGCAAACGUUGCAAAACGUCGUAUACAGUGUCUUCCAACUCCUCCACGUCUUGCCGCUUUCAUCCUUCAAUCUUUGUCUGCCGCCGACAUGACGAUCAGAAGAGGUACUAUGAGCUAGGACAGGAUGAUCCUCCAUACGCCGCCAAGUUCUAUGACUGCUGCGGAGCAGAGGAUGUGGUAGCGCCUGGCUGCACUACCAGUUCUCAUAUUUCAUACGAUGAUGAGUGACAAGCUUCAACUGAUAUGGUUAAGCUGAAGACGCUGUUUAUAUGAGAAAUAUAAUAUGGUGGACACUAAUAGUGUCGAAACUGCAAGUCGAAGAGUGAUAAAACUAAGUGUUGGAGAAAAGACUGAAGCAGAAGCGUCGCGGAUUCCACAUCAUAAAAUUUUCUUGAAGAUAAAAAUGGAAUUUCUGCCGGGAUAGGCUACUCUAAUGUUGGAAAUUUCGAUUUAUCUGAUGUGGCGAUGGAGACGGCGUAUCCUCGUACUCAGUGUGAUAGUUUGGUUAAUCUCGAUGGUACUAUUUCUUUUCGUAAUAUAGAUAUGUUUGCCGAUGUUUUUGUGGAUCCAUUUGUUGAUAUGUAUCUGAUAUGAUUGUCAAGUGUUAAAAAUCCUCGGUAAAAUGUGGGUUACUGAUAUUCUAUUUCUAUCUUAUUUUCGGUUUAAGUUGUACGGUUGAUCCCCAAUUAUGUAUUGAAUGUCUCAUCAACUUGGUGCCGGUGCAAGUUCUUGAGCUUAAUGUCUACGGUUUUAUCCUAA